AUGAGUGGCAGUUCGUUUGAUUAUAAUUCACUUUCGUUUGGACGAAUAGCAUCAAUACCAGACAAAUCGGACGUUUUGGAAUGCCGUGUUUGUGAAGAUAUUUUCACUCUUCAAGGUGACAAAGUUCCACGUUUACUCUAUUGUGGACAUACCAUUUGUCAUUCAUGUUUGUUACGUUUGCACCAACGAUGUUCUUCAGUUCAAUGUCCGUUCGACAGACAAACAACUCCUAUAGGACCCUCAGGAGUUUGGGGUUUAAAAAAAAAUUUUGCAUUGUUAGAGCUGCUUGAACGUUUACAAAGAAGCAAUAAAGCAGAAAUUAAUAUUAACUCAUACUUAAAUGCUGAAGCGAUGGAAAAAGAAGAACAAUUGCAUAUAAUUUGUGAUGAAAAUGAAAAUCAUAUAGCUGUUCUGUAUUGCACUGUAUGCUGUACAAACUUAUGUUUUUAUUGUUCUGAACAAACUCACAGUACACGGACAUUAGCUAAACACCGCCGUGUUCCGGUAUCAGAAAAACCACAAGAGAGACCUCGAUGCCCAUUACAUCCGUCUCAUGUGGCCGAGUUUACUUGCUUACAAGAUAGUUGCCAUCAACCAUCACCUCCCUUAAUGUGUUUUGUGUGUAAAGAUUAUGGGACACAUAAAAAUCAUAAGCAUACGUUAGUAGAAACUGAAGCAGAGAAUAUACGAUCAAAAGUAAAAAGUGCUGGUCCUUUGAUGCGAAAUUUAAUGGAAGAAAUGAAUGACACUAUUCAAAGAUUAGAUCAAGUAAUGUUACGUUUGGAAGGUUUGGAUUCAAAUGGUUCAGUUGAUGAAGAAAGUAAUCCUGGUACAUGCUCCUUGGCACGUGCUAGAGUUCAGUUGUAUUUCCAACAUCUACGCGAAACAUUACAAGUACAAGAAGCCGCUGCCUUAAGUGCUGUUGAUACACAUGUUAGAGAAAGAUUAGGCUCACUGAGAAGCUUGCAAGAAGAUUUAGCAUCAUCAUUAUCACAAGUGGCUGUCAUAUGUGUUCAAUGUGAGCAGGCUGUUCGACAGGAUGAUUUCCGUGUUAUAUCUGCCAGUGCAGAUAUUAAUCAAGCGCUAAAUGUUAUUGAAAAACAUAAACAGAUGUUUACUGAACUUGGUCCAGAGCAAUUACAACCGGAUCCUAGUAUACCUAUAACUUUUACAAAAGAUAAUAGAGUGCACAUUGGACCAAAAAUGGAAAUUCGUGUUGUCACUUUAGGAUUAGACGGAGCAGGAAAAACUAGUGUGCUUUUCAAAUUGAAACAAAAUGAAUUUAUGACUAUGAUUCCCACCCUUGGAUUUAAUGUAGAAACAGUUGACUAUAAAAACAUGAAGUUUACAAUAUGGGAUGUCGGUGGACAACCUAAAUUGAGACCGUUGUGGAAGCAUUACUAUCUCAAUACACAGGCGGUCGUUUUCGUGAUUGACUCUAGUGACCAACAGAGGCUGUUAGAAUCAUCUAACGAAUUAUCUAAGCUGAUGACAGAAAAAGAAUUGAAAGAUGCUGCAUUAUUAAUUUUAGCCAACAAACAAGAUAUACAUGGAUGUGUGACAAUUGAAACCAUCACUGAAUUAUUUGGUUUGUAUAAAUUGUGCUGUGGGCGUAGUUGGCAUAUACAAGCUUGUGAUGCUCAGAGUGGUGCUGGUCUUCAUGAUGGACUCGAUUGGCUCGCUAGACAACUGGUUGCUUCUGGUGUCCAUGAUCUCAACUAA